CAGGAAUUGACCCUGGAUGAUCGACGUAUAUAUAAAAGUGUUUCUCUGCCAUCCAAGUGACCAAAUCUGAGCCAUGAUCUGUGCUAGGGUGUACGUCUUCUGCUGCCUCUUGGUUGCUGCGGCAGCCCGGCCUGAAAAGCUUCCUUCUUCGGGGUAUGGGUAUAAAGCCCCUGACAAUCCAUUAUCUUUUGACCUACCCGUCGCUGAUAUCAAGUCUCCUCUGUCUCUGUACGAGACCCCUGCUCUGAAAGCCCCAGAGACGCUCUACGAAGCACCGUCUGUCGGUCAUGAACCCUCUACAAUCUACGAUACCCCGGGAGUUCAUGAUGCUUCAGCAGUGGUCUACGACGGCCCUACAGUUCAUGAUGCUUCAGCAGUGACCUACGACGGCCCUACAGUUCAUGAUGCUUCAGCAGUGACCUACGACGGCCCUACAGUUCAUGAUGCUUCAGCAGUGACCUACGACGGCCCUACAUUUCAUGAUGCUUCAGCAGUGACCUACGACGGCCCUACAGUUCAUGAUGCUUCAGCAGUGACCUACGACGCCCCUGUAGUUCAUAUUGCUCAAACAGUGACCUACGACGCCCCAGCAGUGACCUACGAUGGCCCUGCAAUUCUUGAUUCUAAAGCAGUGACCUACGAUGCCCCUGCAAUUCUUGAUUCUAAAGCAGUGACCUACGAUGCCCCUGCAAUUCUUGAUUUUAAAGCAGUGACCUACGAUGGCCCUGCAAUUCUUGAUUCUAAAGCAGUGACCUACGAUGCCCCCACGGUUCUUGAUUCUCAUCAAGCAGUGUCCUACGAUGCCCCGGCAGUUCAUGAUACCCUUGUAGAGGUCUACAAGGCACCUAUAGUCCAUGUCGCCCCAGCUCUAACGCACGGUACUCCCGUAAAGAAAUACGAGAAAGGAAUGCCCUUCGACUUCGGCUACGCAGUUCACGACCCUUACAGCGGGAUUCACUUCGGACACGACUCCGACUCCGACGGGAAUGUCGUCGCCGGCGAGUACAGGGUUGAUCUCCCCGACGGGCGCACUCAGAUAGUCACCUACAAGGCCGAUGGCUACAACGGGUACCAGGCUGAUGUCAAGUACGAGGGAGAGGCCAAGUACCCAAAACCUGUGCCUUACAAACCUGCACCACUUCACGAAGGCCCCGUGAGCGCAUACGAAGCCCCAGUCAAAACUUAUGAAGUCCCAGUCAAGACUUAUGAAGCCCCAGUGAAAACUUAUGAAGCCCCAGUCGAAACCUAUGAAGUCCCAGUCAAGACUUACGAAGCCCCAGUGAAAACUUAUGAAGCACCAGUCGAAACUUAUGAAGCACCAGUCGAAACUUAUGAAGCACCAGUCGAAACUUACGAAGUCCCAGUUUCAACCUACGAAGCCCAAGUACAAACUUACAAAGCCCCAGUUUCAGCUCAUGAAGCUCCAAUCGAAACCUACGAAGCCCCAGCUUCACUUCACUUAGCCGCAGUCCAAACUUACGAGACACCAGUUUCAACUUACGACUCUCCAGUCUCAACUUAUGAAUUUCCAGAACAAAAAUACAAAGAAUCGACGAAGUCUCAUGCCGUGCCCUCCAUCGUUCCAGUGCCAGUUGUUCCAGAGAAUGCGUUCGGCGCCCAUGAGUCUACUUACGCGACUCCCCAGUCAUUCUAUUCAGCUCCUGGACACUAGAAACCUAGGUCACCGAUAUAAAUAUGUGGAUAUUUAUGUAGACAUUCAUUCAAUAGAAUUUUCUAAGCCGUUUCGGAAAA